AUGCCGCUCUGCUGCGGCUGCAUGCUUGACUGCCGCUUGGACUUGGGCUGCCCGCUGCCCGGCCUCGACGCCGUUACAGGUUCCCGCUGUUCAGUGAUCCUGCAUUGCAUUGCAUUACAGUUUUUCGUCAAGCACUAUUCUCUGGCCGUGCCGCGCCAGCAGCAUGCGUCGCGGUCGCGGACCAGGUUCUGCAUCCGAGCGAUGCCGGCCUUCUGCGAGACCAACUUAUUCUUUUUAAAAGUAAGCUGUGCAAUUCUUCUUUCCAGGUCUGAUGGCAGUACCAUGUUUGCUUUCAUGAUGGUCUUCUCCGAUGACGAUGACCUCAUUGCUCAAUGGUGGGAGGAAGAGGAAGAGGAGGAGGAAGAAGAAGAGGAGUCAGACGAUGAUGACCUCAUUGUAAUUCUUAUGCUUGCCGACAUGGACUAUGAGAGACACAAGAAGAAGCGUCGUGGUUCAGUCCCAGGACGUGAGGUAGUUCCGAGGGACAUGUCUAGUGGCAAUCUGCGCAUUGUGGCUGAUUAUUUUGCAGAUCCUCCAAUAUACAAUGCAACAUUUUUCAGGAGGAGGUUCAGAAUGUCGAGAGAUCUCUUCUUGCGUAUCGUGGAUGGUGUGGAGGCACAUGAUGACUACUUUAGGCAGAAACCAAAUGCAACAGGUCUUCUCGGUGCCACUGCAUUACAGAAGGUGUUUGGGUCAUUUCGCAUGCUGGCAUAUGAUGUUCCAGCUGAUUCAAUGGAUGAAGUUGUGAGGCUUGCUGAGAGCACCAUGGUAGAGGCUUUUCACCACUUUGUGCAGGCUGUGGUUGAGGUGUUUGGGGAGCAAUACUUGAGGCCACCUACUAUUGAGGACACUGCAAAAUUGUUGGCCAUUAACACUAAGAGGGGAUGGCCUGGCAUGCUCGGUUGCAUCGAUUGUAUGCAUUGGAGGUGGAAGAAUUGCCCAACAGCUUGGAAAGGGCAGUAUUCAGGGCAUGUGGAUGGGCCAACUAUGAUACUUGAAGCUGUUGCAUCUAAGGAUUUAUGGAUUUGGCAUUCUUUCUUUGGUCUACCGGGCUCUUUAAAUGAUAUCAAUGUCUUGCAGAGAUCACCAUUAUUUCAAAGGCUAACUUCAGGGACUGCACCACCUGUUGAGUACAUGCUCAAUGGUAACAAGUAUACCAUGGGAUACUAUCUUGCAGAUGGGAUCUACCCUUCUUGGGCGACUUUUGUGAAGAGCUAUAGGAGUCCACAAGGCAAUAAGAAAGUCCAUUUCACAAAAGCACAAGAAGCGGUGAGGAAGGAUGUGGAGAGAGCAUUUGGUGUUCUACAAGCGCGCUUUGCCAUGGUGAGGGGGCCUGCUAGAUUUUGGGAUAAGGAUACUCUCUGGUAUAUAAUGACCGCUGCUAUUAUCAUGCAUAACAUGAUCAUUGAAAAUGAGAGAGAUGAAAAAGAGGAUUACGACUAUGAUCAAGAUGGUGGUGAGGUACUGAGGCCGGAGGAGUACCAACGACGCGAUCCUCUCAUUCUUGAGGAGUUCCUCAAGAUACAUCAGGAGAUUAAGGAUACACGAGUGCAUGAGAGACUUCGUGAUGAUCUUGUGGAGCAUUUGUGGGCACUUCAUGGUUCUAGCUAG